GUGUAGUUGAGUUAUGCGACUGGAGCUGCGUUUGUUCAUCGUUAAAUCGUGGUUGAAGCCAGCUGGGUCACUGCCGCUAAUAUUGUAAAUUAGUACGAUGUACAAUAUCGCUCUGGGAAUAUGGUUGUGUCUCUUAGUGCUAUCACCAUUAUUGGGGAUACGCUUAAAUUCUUGCGAAUUGGCUGGACAACUUUAUAUAUUGGACGUGCCGAAAGCGGAACUAUCUAAAUGGCUGUGUAUAGCGGAUUUUGAGAGUCGCUUUAACACUCACGUUGUCGGACAGGGCAACUUGGAUGGCUCCAAAGACUACGGACUCUUUCAGAUAAGCGAUCGAUACUGGUGUGCACCGCCCUCAGAAACGCCCUACUACGCUUUUAAUGAGUGCAACAUCAACUGCACAGAUUUGUUGAGCGACGAUAUCACUUCGGCAGUUCGAUGUGCACGACUUAUCAAAAAGCAACAGGGCUGGACGGCUUGGUCUGUCUACCCGGAGUUCUGUAACGGAACACUAACGGACCCCGACGAGUGUUUCCAGCAAAGCGAAGCAACGAAUUCUUCUGAAAUCGCGGAGAUGUCAACGGAAUCAGUCACAGAUACAAACCUCGACAGCACGACUUUCGCAACGGAAAUGGAUUGAGAUUAUUAUUGUUAUGAUAUCACUGCCCAUUGUAUUAUUAAUUUGCAUAAUUGUAUCGGAUGGUAGUAAAAAUAGAAGUACAU